AUGUCAUCUCGUACGAAACUCCCGACAAACGCACGUCCAGGCACGUCACCCUACUUGGGCUCAGCAGCGUGUCGACUAAAGUACGCCCGCCAAGCAGAGGUUACAACCAGACCGUAUUCGCCUCUAGGUAUGCGCCAUACGUCAGGAGCCCUCAUCCGCUCAGGGUCGCGCCAGUCACUUGGCGGCUCUAACCGGCCCUCCAGCGCUGCAUCGACAGUCUCGCCUCCCAGCCCUGUAGUAUCGGCAGCGGACGCGCUUCCGGGUGCCUCGCUGCGACCCUCGUCGAGAGCAUCGGUUGCCUCGACCAAGGGCUCCGAGUCGGGGCGUCCUGCCAGCGCCCUACGGCCUAAGCACAGUCGCAGCUCGUCGGCAGGAUCGCCGCUUGUAGACGGUAAAUCCAACACCCAGCGGGCAGUGGCCCAGGCCAGCGAGCUGGACAUUCCCAGCAACCCCAGCGGCGCUGUCAGUGCUGUGCCACCAGCACGCGGCGACAAUGUUAUGCCCACCAUACCCACAAUGCCGACGAUGUAUCCUGAUGACGACUUGCCCUUGUCUCCGACCGGAGCCCUGGCUAUCCGCUCGCGCACCCGCUCUGUUCGGACAUCGGGCAAAUUGAACUCCCAUCCCCGUGAGGGCCUCAAUUCCAAUGGCGGAGCAGCUGCGCGUGAGUCGCGUCGUGGGUCUUCGCAAACGAGCCACAUCCACCGGCACGCUGGAAAUGAGUCUCCAACGCUGUCGAUAAGGACCGCCUCCAGAAAGGGUGGCAUGAUGGCUGCACACCCAAACCACAUUGACGAGAACGAACAGGUCGUUAUUAUCGACGAGCAUGUGCUUUUGGAUGCCGUGACUAGCACCAUGCGCGUUGAUGAGGCGAAUAUGAUGGGGCAGAGGGACACAGAGAUGAACCGCCUCAAGGGUCAGAACCGCCUGCUGCGGCGCCUGGGCUCGCAGCCUGAUCCUGAGCAGGGAGACAGCCCGAAGCAGCCGGGUUUUGAAAAUAUAUUUGGGGCAACUUCGCCAAAGGUUAGACAGAAGGCUUUGGAGCGCAUGAUCGAGAUGGACAAGGCAGCGUUGGACAAGUUUGACGAGUUCAACAGGGCUUACGAUGAGUGUGCACCCUCUUUGAGGACCAACCGCGUGCAGUUUGCAGGUGAGCGGCCGUUAAGCCCGCCGCCAGCAGCGCGGCAGUGGGCAGGCGGAGUGUCGACGCCGAUGCGCUUGCAGGCUGACGGCGGCGACCAUGAGCCUCGGUUGCCCAAUUUCAGCUCGGCAGACGCGCGACGCCUAGGCGAAGAGCUCAUGAGCACGCCAGGUAGGCGCAAGCCGCAGCGCACGAUGCGCACCAACAGCAUGCGGCGACCAGCUAGACCACGCGUCAACAAGCCGAUUUUUUCUGGAGGCAGCGACGAGAGCGAUGAUACACCCGACAGCGAGGAUUUCGAUGAUGAUGACGACGACCACCGCGACCUGCGCAUGUGUUUGAUGACCGCUUCCAAAUUUGGCACAUUCCUCGUGCAGUAUAUCACGCGGCAAUGCCUCGACUACAACACGCUGUGCGAGGAGAACAAGGUCAUUAUGAAGCGCUUCGAGGAUCUCGAAAAACUCACUGUGGGGCUUGACAGGUCGAACAGGAAGGCUGAGGAGGCGCGCGACGAGCAAGCUGCAAAGCUGUAUGAGAUGAGCACGGAGAACCAGACGCUCAAGGAGACGAUCUCGGCCGAGGAGCGCAAUACGCGGAGACUGGUCUACGAGAACGAGAAGCUCAAGAAGGACCUGGUGGCGUCCAACGAGCGCAUUAUGAAGCUUGAUGCCGAGGCUGAGCGACUCAACUUGGACAUGGCCAAGGCGCGCCAGCGCUACGACCAGGACAUCUCCGACCUGCGCCGCAAUACCAAAAAGCUAGUUGAGGACAAGACCAUGUUGGCCGAUAAGAACAACGACCUGCGCACCGAGCUCAUGGGCAAGCUGAAGCGUGUCGGACUCAAGGCAGAUGUCGACGAGUACUUGGCCGGGCGCUCUCAGGAAAAUGCCGACGCUGCCGCCGCCGCCUCCGGGCCUGCCGACGAGCUCACUUCUGAAUUCGGCCCCGCAAGUGGCCAGAUCAAUGCCGUCAAGGCUACCGACGACAACAAAAAGCUGAAGGAGGCGAUGCAGUUCUUCCACAGAAAGCUCGACAAGGCCAAGCGCAAACUCUAUUCAGAGAAGGUCGCCCGUACUGAAACCGAGCGCAUUCUGCGCAUCCAACAGGAGGAGACCCACCGCUACCAGCAGAUGUACGGCGUCCUUCCGGAUGAUGCUUCGGCAGAGGGUAUGGAGACGAUGGGGGACUUUAUGCCCACAUCGGCAGGUGGCGACAACAACUCGCUGCGCAUCCGGACGAGGGCGAGGACGAUGUCGAUAGUCACAACCGAUCUGGGCAACGCCGCCAACGAUUCAGACAUCAACAGCGACGACGGCCUGUUUGUCAUGUCUGGCGAUGCUAUGUCUCCGGUUGGCAACACAGCCGACUUGAUAACCAGCCCCGACAUGCUGGCCAGCCCGGGCAGCACCGCCUGUCGCGCCAAUGGUGAGGACGCAGAUGAGCUCGCCAUCCGCCGCUUUGAGCAGCGCAAGCAGCAGCAGCAGCGCGUCGCCGCUGCACAGGUUACACCGCGCGGCCGGAGAGCGGCUGGAGCCAAGGCGCCGCCACCCAUUUCUACUCGGCGCACCAAGAACAGCCUGCUGUCUCUUGACAUCAACAACGCGGGCGAGUCUCUGGGAGACAUCCUGGGCGCGAGCGGCCAGUGGGGCGACCCAUUGUCAUCGCGAGGCAAGUCCAGCAUGCGCGGGCCACUAUCUGCGCGGUCGAUCGAGGCGCCUGGCUCUUUUACAGCAGACCUCUCUGGCAGAUUUGACGAUACCGCCUCGAUCCGGUCGAUCGACUCUGGCACCACGACCAAGCACCAGCGCACUCGUAGCACUCGCAGCAUCCGCGCAAUGCCGUCGCCAUUUGGCGAUGCUCUUGCCGGAAUCCACGGUUUUGGAAUCAGCUACGACGCAUCGGUGUCGCUGGCCGAGCAGCUGGCGCUGGUGACCCCCAAGAUGAAGUCCCGUACGGCUACCGUUGUCUUUGAUCGGCCGGCAAUGGUGGACGUAUCCACUAGCACUGAUGCCUUGCCCGAGUUUGUCGGCGUUGGAGUCCAGGCGUCGCUUUCACCUCCGUCAGCCGAUGCGGCAGUGGCGACGGCUAGUGCUGAGCCCAAUGUCACGGUGUCCAUGGGCGUCCAGGCAGUUGCAUCGCUUUCUGAUGGCCAGUGCUCGACCGAUCACAGCAUUGGUACGCAGAGCAACGGCAUGUAUGCAUCGCCGAUGCUAUCAUCGGCCGGCGUGGGCACUGACAUUUCGUCGUUUGUAGUGGGCCACCGGGGCGUUGACAGCGUGCCACUGGUCAGCAACAGCGGAGUGCAGGUGGCGGCGGAUACCACGAGUGCUCACACGGAGACAGACCCGCGUGUGGGUGUGACUGACGCGUCGACAUCGCUUGACACUACGUACCGUAGUCAAGGUUGCCAUGCACAGGCCGAACUGGCUAGCCAGGGUAUGGUUACAGACCGGAUGCUCGGCAUGCGGCACCAGGGAAUUUCAGCAACAGCAGGUACGAGCAGUGUCGGCGUGUCGGCUGGAGCUGGAUUGGUGCGGGAUUUGGCUGUGGCUACUGUUGGGCCGGCACUCGUCGAGCGCGGCUCGGCCACGGUGGGCCCGAGCACCACAGACUGCAGCGCUGUGACUUUGUCGUUGGAUACUUGCGACACGCAGGUGUGCACCGAUGACAGCUUGCUUGUCAGCUGGCUUGCGCCACUGAUCCCGGCUGGCGUCGGCAUGGCAGCAGUGCUGGCUGCACUGCAUGGUCGCGGGGAGUCUAUAUACGAGCAGUUCAGGGCGCAAGUUGCCGAUACCGCGCGCUCGGAGGCGUUUGUAGAGCAUGAGCGCCUGGCUGCGCUGGCUGCUGAGCAAGCCGCUGAGAAAGCGACUGCGCAGCAGGCGGUCCAGGUUGAGCCCAAACAGGCGUUUAAAUAUGUGCAGGCCGGAUCGCUGUCUGUGGCCAGCGUCGGUAUCGAUGCUUGUUUGGGCCUGGCGCUGGUUGAUGUGGGCGUCGGCACUGAAACGCAUCCAGUCUCUCGCUGGGUCGAGCCCUUUGACCCGGUGGCCAAGGAGACUAGGGGCGUUGCAGCGAUUGCGUUCGUGUCUGAGCGCGCCACAUCGCACGAGGUUGUGUAUGCCAGCGCCUCUGUUGGCCCGUCCUGCACAUUUGGCCAUGCGGUUGUUGACGCUACAGUUGAUCUUAGCGACCGUGCUACAGCGAUGGACGUCACUUGGAGCGACGCUGCAGCGGGGCCAAUGCCUGAAUACGGCGAGCAGGCGGUCGACGCCAGCUCUGGCAGGGCGGUCUCUGCGGGCGUUAGCACAGCCGUCGAGGUGACUGAGAGGGCGAUAAGCAAUGCCCCUGAUAGCAGCUCGCGCUAUACUGAGACCGAGGUUGCGGUUGGCCGCGGCGUGGGCACUGAGCCUGUUGUCGCAGUUGGCCGCGGCGUGGGCACUGAGCCUGUUGUCGUCGAUAUAUUUGACAAGUCCGAGGGUCCAGCUCAGUACACAUCUCACCGGAGCACUGGAUCAUUCACCGGGGCAGUCAGCCGUGGAGUGGGGACCGAGCCUUCUGCUGUCGACGUGUCUGACAAGUCUGAGGGCCCAGUUCGGGAAACGGCUCACCGGAGCACCAGCCCGGAGCUCGAUGUCGCUGAUGGUGUAUCCACCGCUGCUGCUAUCGCCGCCGGUGCCGCUGCUGUUGCCCUUGUCUCCACUCUUGGCAAUGGUGCCGCUGUUUUCAAGGUGGCCACUCCCAUGCUGGACGUGGCUACCAGCACAGCACUGGGCAUAUCUUCGGGUGUCGCAGUUUGCAGCAUCCACUCUGUCGCAGAAGUGGGAACGAUUACAGAGACGAUGAUCCUAGAAGCAGAGCCAGGUUCUGAAACAGAAGCCGCAUCGCGGACGGUUCUAGAGACAGAAAUCAUGCCCGAGGUGCAGGCACAGGCCGAGGCUGCCUUUGCGCCGGCUGUGGCUGCUACUCCUCCAGCGACCAGGCCGCCGAUUCCGGCCUUCCCGCCUCCACUCGCGCCUGGAUUUUCGCGGCGCUCAGUGGAGAAAGCCAACUCAGCCACCGACAUCAAUCUCCAGUUUUUGCGCAAGCUCGAUAUUGCUGAUGUGCCGAUGCAUGCCGGGCCGAAGGUCGCCGAACGAGAGUCCGAUGGCGAGGACUACGGCUAUAUCAUGGUUUCACCCCGCACCAAUGUGCAAUAUUCGGCCACGCCAGAUCUUUUGACUUCACAAAAGAGCAAGUUCGGCACGUCGUCGUCGUCGAUCCGCAGUAAGUUCAACCCGCUAGCUAGAUUUGGCCGCACCGCGCCGUCACAGGACAGUGCGAGCCUGGCUCCUAGUGCUCGAGAGCUUGGCUGCGACCAGGGCGAUGAAGAGGCAGAUGUCACCGACAAGAACGAGCAACUUUCUGGCGCGUCUAGCGGUGAAGAGGAGGACGUAGAGGAGGACGAGGAGAGCGAGGACGAGGGCUUCUCGGCGCUGAAGGCGCACACCUUUGGCAACUCUCGGGCACCAUCUGUCUUGGGCGCGCUGCCGGCGGCAGUCAAGCGCCACACGAUGAACAUUGGCGUUGAUGCCGCUGAGUCCCAGAUGCGGUCGCAUAUUGUGCGGCAGCCAGAGCCACUGAUUGUGCAGUCGAUUGCGCGCACCAUGGUCGGCACGUUCUUGUGGAAGUACACCACAACGCACUUCCCGCACGGAAACAACGGCCGCGAGCGCCGCCACAUGCGCUACUUCUGGAUUCACCCGUAUGCCAAGAUGCUGAACUGGAGUAAGCAGCCUCCCUCAGGCGGCACCAGCAUGUCGCGCAACAAUCGCGAGAGCGGCAGCCGCAGCGCGUACAUGCGGUCCAUUCGCAUCAUCGAGGAGAAUGGCCAGCACCAGGGCUUUGACGAUGCGGGCACCAGCUCGGAGCCGUCUUACUGCAUUGUCAUCAGGACAGACCAUCGCGAGAUCAAGAUCAAGGCCACCACGCAGGCAGACCACGACCUGUGGUACUUGGCCAUGUCGUACCUUCAACUGUCUGGGCACCCGACUGACUACACCAGCGACCAAAGCAUGCGGAGCCGGGCCACGUCAGAUGCCAGCAUUGAAAAUACCCAGCGGAUCAUCCUUAACGCCGACCGCCGCCACCGCACUGACGAGCGCAGCCGCAGCACCAGCAGACCCCGCCGGCCGAUUGCCGGCCAUCUGCUCGGUGGCACUGGCCAGCUGCCCACCCCCUCUCAGCUCCUCCAGCACCCAAGCGUUUCGCACAGCCUGGCCAGCCAUGGCGGCACCUACUCGCAGGCAAACAACGCAAGCCAUGCGACCCAAGCCAGCUACAUCAGCGCCGGCGGCAGGACCGUGCCUCCUCCCAUGGCGGGGCUUAUGCGGCCCCAGCACCGCAACAGCGCGUUCGAUGUUAUGCCCAACCGCGUGCAGUCACUGCAAUCGACGCCUCAGUCGCUGCGGCCUGUGAGCGUAGCGCCCGGCGCCAUGCCCGUGAUGAGCGACAGCGGGCAUGGCCAUGGCCACGGCAAGCGACUGUCCAUGGGGAUGUUCAGGCGGGCGGCCGGCGGCAGCAACACGUCCUUGUUCAGGCAAGGGUCGUACAUGAGCGAGGACUCUUCUGCCAUCGUCGCAGCAGCAUCCGCAAUCGAUCGCUGCGGCCAUAAGAACCGCAAGCACUCGUCGUCGAUGGCUACAAACUCGGCGGUUUCAGCAGUGUCGUCGGGCAGCAGCAACUCUGUCCGCAAGAUGUUCAGUGGGUCUUUCCUGCGCGCCUUGCGCAGCCGUGAGUCGGUCAACGAUCCCAACAUCUGA